ACUGACUGGCGUCAAGUCUCGUCAUGUGACGGUCCCGUGAUCCUAUGCGGAAGUAGAGUUUUCUUCGGUGACAACAAAACACAGACGUGAAGGAAAUUGCUGAUAUUUACCUAAACACCUUACUGUUUUAUCUCGAUCUCGCCUAUUAUCAGCCCAGCAAUGGACGGAUCUGUCAGAACAGCUUCAGACGAUGGACCGCCGUCUUAUUACAAAGGAAAUGAGAACUCCCUGGUUUCAGCCCUGAAGACACUGCUGUUCUUCACUAUCAUGAUGGUGACUCUGCCCAUUGGACUCUACUUUGCAACAAAGGCGUACGUCUUUGAGGGUUCCAUGAAGAUGUCCAGCUCUGACAGCUACUUCUAUGCAGCCAUUGUUGCAGUGCUCGCUGUGCAUGUCGUUUUGGCAUUGUUUGUUUAUGUGGCCUGGAACGAAGGCACGCCUAAAGGGAAGGGUAAACACGAUUAAGGCAUGUCCUUAUCAGCUCGUUGGACCGGAGGAGAUGAACAAAAAAGGCAUGGAUCGUACCACCCCCACCAUGGGCUCCAGCAGUAAACACAGUACCAUCUACCAACCAGACUGUUAGGGCAUCUGGUUUGCGCAUAGGCUUUAACACAAGGUUAAAGCAUUAUAUUAUUCCCUGGCAGGGGGGAGUGGAGUGCUGGGUGUGUUUUUUACCAGCUUCAGCAGGUCCGCUUGUUGAUUUCAUGUUCUCUUGAAAUUUUGCUUUUGUUGACGGAGGACGGCCACUUUUUUAAGAGGCUUUGUUAAAAGCUUCCAUUUGGCAAAGUGCUACAAGUCCAUGCACAGUUAAGAUAUGGUCCUGUAGAAAAACAUCUUUAGUUUUGAUGUGUCACACACACACACACACACACACACACAGUAUGUGCUUGUAAUGUGAAUGUAUAAAGGAUUUGGUUCCUAAAUACUCUACGUCCGUUCUGUGAGAAUUUGCGUUGCUGAAUAAUCUUCUGUCCUCAGUUUUCCAUUCUUCUGCAUACAUUAAAUAAUGACUCGUUACUUUAAUUCAAACCCAUAGUGUGCAUAACUUUCAUACUGUAUCUUGGUUCAAAAUGACGUUCAUGACGUUUUGUCCUUAACUGAAUCCCACAUUUGUUUCUCGUUUGUGUUUUUUGUGUGUGUUUGUAGUUCAGUGAUAUUUUGGAAAAAAUAGUUGCAAGAUGACAUUGUAUUUAAAGAAAUGUUUUAUAUUGAAGACAUUUAGUGAUUUAGGCGCGUUGGUGAAGUUAAUGAAGUGUGAUACAGAUGAGAAUGUUGACUGGCUCAAAUAAACUUGAAAGAAAUCAA